CAGGGUCACCGUAUUGCUGGGGAACAGGUGACGGGGGGAGGGCAGGAGGCGCUGGGACCUCCCUGAAACUUCUCUGUCAGCUCUACAUGUUUGGGCUCCAGGACACUUUAGGAAGAGGAGGACCUGCCCUGAGAGACAAAGCGCUGGGAGCUGGAAUGGAUCCAGUCAGGUCCUGGGUGAGGAAUGUCGGAGUUUUGGAUUCCAAGGUGGCAGCUCAGAGUGGAGUUGCAGUGUCCCGGGCUCACUUUGAGAAGCAGCCUCCCUCCAACCUGCGCAAAUCCAACUUCUUCCACUUCGUGCUGGCUCUGUAUGACCGGCAGGGACAGCCCGUGGAGAUCGAAAGGACGAGUUUCGUGGACUUUGUGGAGAAUGAAAAGGAACUGGGCAACGAGAAAACCAAUAAUGGAACUCACUACCGACUCCAGCUGUUAUACAGCAACGGUGUCCGCACAGAACAAGAUCUGUUUGUGAGACUUAUUGAUUCAGUUACUAAACAGCCGAUAGCAUAUGAAGGCCAGAAUAAGAACCCAGAGAUGUGCAGAGUGUUGCUCACGCAUGAAGUCAUGUGCAGUCGCUGCUGUGAGAAGAAAAGUUGUGGGAAUCGGAACGAGACGCCGUCAGACCCCGUCAUCAUUGACAGGUUUUUCUUGAAGUUCUUUCUGAAAUGUAAUCAGAAUUGUCUGAAGACGGCAGGAAACCCCCGAGAUAUGAGGCGGUUCCAGGUUGUCCUGUCCACCACAGUAAACGUAGACGGGCAUGUCCUGGCUGUUUCCGAUAACAUGUUUGUACACAACAAUUCGAAGCAUGGCAGACGGGCACGACGGAUGGACCCUACGGAAGGUACGGACGCAUGCAUGGAGUACGCCACCCCAUGCAUCAAAGCCAUCAGCCCCAGCGAGGGAUGGACUACUGGCGGUGCCAUGGUCAUCAUCAUUGGAGACAAUUUCUUUGAUGGCCUUCAGGUGGUGUUUGGAACUAUGUUAGUGUGGAGUGAGCUCAUCACCCCCCAUGCAAUCCGUGUACAGACACCUCCACGGCACAUUCCAGGUGUGGUGGAAGUAACUCUGUCCUACAAAUCCAAACAGUUCUGCAAAGGAGCCCCCGGGAGGUUUAUUUAUACAGCUUUAAAUGAGCCAACCAUUGAUUAUGGAUUCCAGAGAUUACAGAAAGUUGUCCCAAGGCAUCCAGGGGAUCCAGAAAGGCUGGCAAAGGAAAUGUUGCUGAAAAGAGCAGCGGACCUGGUAGAAGCAUUGUAUGGAACGCCUCAUAAUAACCAGGACAUCAUUCUGAAACGGGCAGCAGAUAUUGCUGAAGCUCUGUACAGUGUCCCGCGGAACCACAAUCAGAUCCCUACCCUCUCCAGCUCCCCGGCACACGGCGGCAUGAUGGGUAUUAACUCAUAUGGAGGGCAGCUGGGGGUGACCAUCUCUGAGUCGCAGGCCAAUAACCAGGGUUACAUCCGUAACACAAGCAGUAUCUCUCCACGAGGCUACUCCACCAGCUCCACGCCACAGCAGUCUAAUUACAGCACCCCUAGUAACAGCAUGAAUGGUUACAGCAAUGUCCCUAUGUCCAACCUUGGUGUCCCUGGGUCUCCUGGAUUCAUCAAUGGAUCUCCUACCACCUCCCCCUAUGGCAUUAUGCCCUCGAGCCCACCAAUAGGAUCUUCCGGGAGUUCGUCCAUACUACCUUUCUCAUCAUCCGUCUUUCCUUCCAUCAAACAGAAGAGUGCCUUUGCCCCCGUCAUCCGACCGCAGGGAUCCCCGUCUCCAGCCUGUUCUAGUGGGAAUGGUAACGGGUUCAGAGCAAUGACCGGGCUGGUGGUUCCUCCCAUGUGAGGACACAUUGGACUACCUACAUAUUAAAACUGAGGCGGAAGGGAAGCAUCAAGACUUUGUGUGUUGUCGUGAGGCCUCAGUUUGGAUCUACAACCAGAGAAACCAAUUGCCCUUCAUUUUGGAAAAGUCACCGUGGUCCUCGACAAAAAGGGGCCCAACCUAUCAGGCAGCCGUGACAAGUCUUACUACAAAUUCUUGGCCGGAAUUGAACUAAAAAAGGAAUUCAUGUACAGCGCUGAGAAUUCAGCAGACAAUGACGUUGAAUAUUUUGGAUACUUUUUUUUCUUCUUUGUAGGAAAAAAAAAAAAAAACCUUUCUAUUUUCAGCUUUUUUCUGAUACCGAUUUUUCGUUCACCGAGAAGAACACAUUUUACAAAGGAACUGAACAGGGUAUCGGCAAGGAAGAUUCUACGGUCUUUAUGGAUAAUCUGCUUCCUUUGCUGUUUGUGUCUGCUUUAACACUUACAUUUUUUUUUUUUUUAAUUUUGAAUAUGUUUUACAUAAUUUAAUUGAAUAAACUUGUAACUUAUUGUAUUUAGAGGUAGGAAGAAAUCUAAAUAAAGACAAGAGGUGAGAGACACACGGUCUCACACAUAAUACACAGGUAAAGCACAAAUUAACCAUUUAUUGGAGGGGGCUAGUAGGAUUGCAUGCACUUAAAACGGAGCUUGGUUUGCAUACGAGAUCUCUAAUGGUAAAUACAGAUGAUGAGACUCAGCAUUCUAUUUGCGGACAGCUGGUCACAUGGUGCCGUAAAGCAAAGCCUGCAGUGCUUGAGCCAAUAUCACAGCCAUGUAACUUUUCCAUUGUAAUCUCUUGUGCGAAGUCUCUUCUGGGCUCGGUUAAGCGCUCAGUCCGCAACGCCCCUUAGAGCAAAUUAGAAUGUGCACUAAUAAAUGACUUGAUUUAGAUUAUAGUCAAGAUGCACCACUGUGAUGCUUAGGUUAAAGGAGGUCCAACCUUAGGACCUCCUCUGCAAACUCCCUCGACUUUCUACCUUUCUUUUCUCCCAGUCAUGAUCCAUAUCAUAUAUUUCAUAUCUUCAGGUUUUUUUGCAGAAAACACAAUUCCGUCUUAAUUAUUCCAACAAUAUAAGCCAGUACCAGGGCAGGGUUUUCUGUAGAGCACUCUAAAUGUUCUCACCCUCCAUCCAUCACAUGGUUGAAAGACACCAAUAAUAUCAUUGUAUAGGGGGACCUAUAGAUCCCAAAACCAGCCCUUAUAAGAACAGUACAUGUGACACCAAAACAAGAGCUUAGGAUGUUUAUAGAAUCUUGUCUUAGGCUUGAAGUAUAAGUAAUGUAACAUGUGCAUUUCUUCAGAUAUAACAUGGAGGACUGGUCCCCGUCCCACGCGCUCAUUUUUUUUAUAAUAGACCUGUUUUUAAUGGUUAUGUACAAUGCUGUUUUGUGCCUCACUAGAUGCUGAAAAAAAAAGAGGCUGAUCUAGUUAUUUAUCUUAAUAUGUAGAUAAGUGGAGAAUGUUGGUGUUAAGAGGUAAAUGAAUGCCUAAGGAGGGAGUCUACUUCCUAUACACAAGGAAUCUCUAUCUACCUGAUAUGUAAUGUUUUGAAGAAUUAAAUGCCAAUAUUUCCUUUAA